AUGGCCGAUGUUGCUAGUGGGAUCGUUAUUGAAUUCCUGUUGAAGACAGUGAUUUCCGUUGCUGCUGAAAAGAUGAGUCUUUUGGCGGGUAAGGAAGAAGCACUCACGAAGCUAACAGAGCAGCUGAAGACGAUUAAGAAUUUGCUGAUGGAGACUCACAACAAGCAAAUUAAGACCGACAUAGUGCAGAAAUGGCUGGAGAAGCUCCCACCAAUCAUCCUUGAUGCUCAGAUUGUGUUUGAGGAACUCGGUUACGAAGUUCUUCGCAAAAAGAUUGAGAAUCGAAAGAGGGACAAAGCCCGCGCCUUCUUUUCCUCCUCAAAUCCUAUUGCAUUCAAUUCCACAAUGACUCGGAAGAUCAAAAAGGUUUUGCAAGAAGUAGAAGAUGUUUAUGUAGAAGCAGGUAAACUCGGAAUUCAGCCAGCUGACUUGGGUAACUCAUCUUCUCAUGCUCUACAAUCUGUGAGGAUGUCGACAGAUCCUUAUAUUGAGCAUUCAGAAUUUGUGGGGAGGAGAGAAGAUAUGGAAAGGGUGAUAAACCUGCUGAAUAAUCCAUCCGAUGAGAGAGACUUACCAAUCAUAGCCAUCCACGGGAUGGGGGGGCAGGGGAAAACAACCUUAGCCCAACACAUUUUCAAUUGCGACAAAGUUAAAAGCGCUUUUGAUAAAGCAAUCUGGAUUUGCGUUUCAAAAGAUUUUGAUGUCAACAGAUUGCUGAUUGAAAUGUUGCCGCCGGAAACCAAUCUCAGCCAUAUGAAUAAUAUACAAGCUUUGGUGGAUAAACUGAAGAGAGAACUGGGUGGUAAGAGAUUGUUGUUAGUGCUAGAUAAUGUCUGGGAGCAUAACCGUGAGAAAUGGAAUCUCAUGAAGAAAUAUCUGCUUCAAAUUGGUGGUGGUGGUAGAGGGAGGAGCAAGAUCUUAGUCACGACCCGCGAGGACGACAUUGUUUCAGAAAUCGGAAGAGGCUAUGCCUAUCGCCUUGACAUACUCUCAAAAGAAGAGAGUUGGACAUUGUUUGAAAAAUAUGCAUUUGUAGCUGGUGGCGCAACAAAGACACCACAUUUGGAGGCUAUUGGUAGAAGGAUCCUGGAUAGUUGUGGAGGUCUGCCAUUAGCUAUCAGGGCAAUAUCAUCCUUAUUGCGGGGAAAAUCUGCAUCAGAGUGGUCGAUGGUCGAACAAAGCCAAACAUGGAAUGCACAUUUUGAAGGAGAAAUUCUUCCUGCCCUCAAGCUCAGUUACGACCAUUUACCUACAUUAUCAAUCAAAAACUGCUUUGCAUAUUGUGCCAUUUUUGAGAAGAACACUAUCUUGGAAAAAGAUCGGCUCAUACAACUUUGGAUGGCACAAGGACUUCUCGACGCUGGAGAGAAUUUGCAGAUGGAGGACAUCGGUAGUAACUAUUUUGACACUCUAAUAAGGAGUUCUUUAUUCCAAUCUGCUCAAAAAGAUCGCCACAAUAACAUCACGGCUUGCAAGAUGCACGACCUCGUGCAUGAUUUGGCAUCACAAGUGUCAAAAGGUUACUGCUGUCAUGUCAAAGAAUGGAGUACCAUAACUGAUAAGAUUAAAGCUGUCCACAUUUUGAUUGAUUUCAGCAAAGGUGAGAAUUGGAAGGAGUUGAAAGAUUACAUUCCUUCAAAGUUACGAACUCUCCACAUAAAAGGUAACGGUAUCCAGUUGUUUAAAGAUUUAUCUAAACAAUUUCCAUCUCUCUCUGUGUUUAUUGUUGACGAUAUUGAGGCAACAGAACUACCAGAGUCAAUUGGUGAUAUGAAACAUUUAAGAGUUCUCGACAUAAGUCUCACUAGCAUAAGAUCGCUACCGAAUUCAUUUACAAAGUUAUACUACUUACAGACUGUAAGAGUUGACACUUUGAAUGAGGUACCCAAGGGGUUUGGGAAUUUAGAAAGCUUGAGGCAUAUGUGGAUGAGGAGACCUUGUCCAUUUCCUGGAUUAGGGAAAUUGAAGAAUCUACGGACGACCCCUGAAUUCAUGUUUGGUAAAUUUGAGGGAUGUCAAAUAGAAGAGUUGGAACACUUGGACAAACUCAGAGGAAAGCUAAAAUUAUCAAAUCUUGACAAUGUGGGCGGCUUCGAAUCGGCUGCCAAGUCCAAAUUGUCCAAGAAGUGUGAUAUUCAAACUCUGGAGCUUCAUUGGAACAUGCCGAGAGAGUACCAUGAUGAUGACAUUUAUGUGAUGGAAGGACUUGAACCUCAUCCGAAUUUGAAAGUCUUAAUGGUAAGUGGGUACGGAAGCCCAGUGUUUCCAUCCUGGAUGGAAAAAGGAAUUGAUGAUUGGUCAUCAUCAAUGCCUAAUCUGGUAAAGCUCCAAUUGUCGAGUCUGCACAGAUGUAAGAAACUACCACCACUUGCGCAUUUGCCCUGUCUCGCAUACCUGGAGAUAGGUACAUUACCCAACUUGGAGUACAUAGAAGCAGAAUUUUAUGGUUUGUCAAAUGUAGACUGGGCAACAAAGAAGAGCACUGGCAAAGGUAGCAACGGAUCAUUCAUCAUUACUUUGUUUCCGGCAUUGAAAAUUCUCAAGUUAUUGAACAUGACCAGUUUGAUAUAUUGGUUUGAAGCGGCUGAUUAUAUUCCAGAAGCACGAGAAUCAUCUGUGCCAGUUCAAGCUAGACUAUGUCCUUGUCUAGAGGAAAUAGUUCUGGAGGAUCUCCCCAAAUUGAUUGAUAUUCCAAACUUGGGAAGCCUACAGAAACUUCAAGUUUUGGAUGUAUCGUCUUGCGAUAACAAUCUGACAAGUUCAUGGGGUGAGAGGAACCAGCAGGGUUACGGGUUCCCACAACAGAAGUUUUUCCCACUGUUACAUCGGCUCCGCAUUUGCAACUCAGACAAAUUAAGUGCUCCAAUGUGCAAUCUUAUUCCUGGCUCGGCACCCAUUGAGUCAUUGCAAAUAAGGUGUAACCCACGUUUCUGGCCUGAUGAUAUGUACCACUUGACCAGCCUGAAGGAACUACAUUUAGGAACGAGAUGGAAAUCUGAUAAUUUGGAACUUGAUCAUUUCCCUUGGCCCUAUCCUACCCCUAACCGUUUUGUCUCUCUAACGGUUCUUUCAUUGUUUGGAGAAGGGUUGCCAAAAGUCAAGUCACUUCCUUACCAAAUCCAGUAUCUGACUUCUUUGACCCGUUUAGCAAUACAUGAGUUCACUGGGUUGGAGACUCUUCCAGAGUGGUUGGGUGACCUAGAGUGUCUCGUUGAACUGGGACUUUUUGGCUGCAGAAACCUCAAGCAGUUGCCUGAGGCAUUUCCAUGCCUCAUCAGUUUGCAACAUCUGAUCAUUGGGUAUUGUCCUGUUUUGGGAAACAGAUGCACCCAUGGAAGUGGCUCUGAUUUGCCUAAGAUUGCUCAUGUUCCCUACGUCGACAUUUUUGGCAAUCGAGAAUAGGUGAGUAUCGAAUUGUGCGAAUUAUUCUUCUCAUUUUCAUUGUAUUGUAUAUACACGUAUUCAAACUACAUUUCUCUCCUGUUUUUAGUUUCCCUGUUGAUUUGAUUUUGAUUUCUUUUUUUUUUUUUUCGUUGAUGAAUAGGUGUGAAACUUUUAUCUGUUCCGGAUCAAGACUUGACAUGAAGC